GGAACUUCUCCUAAGUCACAGAGCUGAGACUGGGGUUAAGUAGCACCUCCUUGCUGGACAAGACGGCAUCAUGAACAAAUGUGGAGUGACCGCAACAGAAUUUAAGCUUCAUCCUGGAGAAUCGCUCAUAGUGAAGGGGACGAUUUUAUCAGAGUGCAAAGAAUUUGUGAUAAAUCUGGGCAAAGACUGCGACAACCUGGCCCUCCACUUCAACCCACGCUUUGACUGCAAGGGCGAUGAGAGAGCUCUAGUGUGCAACUCCAAGCGGGCCGGUGUCUGGGAGGAAGAGGUGAGGCCAUCUGUCUUCCCUUUUCAUCAGGAUCAUGAAACUCAGAUCACCUUCAGUUUUAUCGAUCAUGACAUCCGAGUGAACAUGGAAGGGAGUGAAGAAAUUGUCUUCCCCAACCGGCUGGAGCUUAAUGUCAUUGAUUAUCUCAUGGUGGGAGGAGACUUCAGAAUCAAGUCUGUGACAUUUCCCUGAGGAUGAACUGUGUCCCUGCAGUCUUGCUCUGUAGUUAAAUAGAAUUGGUUGCCCCAAACAAUUUGACAUGAUGUUCUGAAAUUUGUGCAUUCCUUUUAUCUUUUUUUUUGUCAAAACAGGCAUCUGGACUUCUUGAAUUUUCUUCCAGCUCACAAUCUUUCUUGCUGAUCUCUUCUCAAGAUCCUUUUCCUUGCUGUUAUGUGCUCUGUUGUGAAUGAGCUCAUUUUCCAAGAAAUAAAGAUCUA